AUGGUCGCUUCCCUGUAUCGUCGCCUCCACGUCUCGCCGCCUCCCCGUCUCGCCACCUCCACGUCUCGCCGCCUCCCCGUCUCGCCGCCUGCCCCUCUCGCCGCCUCCCCGUAUCGCCGCCUACACGUAUCGCCGCCUCCACGUAUCGUCGCCUCCACGUAUCGCCGCCUCCACGUAUCGCCGCCUCCACGUAUCGCCGUCUCGCCGCCUCCACGUCUCGCCGCCUCCACGUCUCGCCGCCUCCCCGUAUCGCCGCCUCCCCGUAUCGCCGCCUCCCCGUAUCGCCCCCUCAACGUAUCGCCGCCUCCACGUAUCGCCGCCUCCACGUAUCGUCGCCUCCACGUAUCGCCGCCUCCCCGUCUCGCCGCCUCCACGUCUCGCCGCCUCCCCGUCUCGCCGCCUGCCCCUCUCGCCGCCUCCCCGUAUCGCCGCCUACACGUAUCGCCGCCUCCACGUAUCGUCGCCUCCACGUAUCGCCGCCUCCACGUAUCGCCGCCUCCACGUAUCGCCGUCUCGCCGCCUCCACGUCUCGCCGCCUCCACGUCUCGCCGCCUCCCCGUAUCGCCGCCUCCCCGUAUCGCCGCCUCCCCGUAUCGCCCCCUCAACGUAUCGCCGCCUCCACGUAUCGCCGCCUCCCCGUCUCGCCGCCUCCCCGUCUCGCCGCCUCCCCGUAUCGUCGCUUCUCCGUCUCGUCGCAUCAACUCCCCUGCAGUGCACCGAGCUACAGCGUCCUCAGUUCCGAUCAAGAGUGAACAAGAAAUACAGAUGACCACGGCACAGCGCAUGCCGCCGCUUGCUGUGGCUGGUGCUACAGACACUUGGCGGCUGCCAGGGUCAAGCAGAUAA